AAGAGAAUUGUCAGACAAAAGAGGCACAAAACAAGCAUCAAAGAAGGUGCGACGAUUAAUCUUUAUCCCUACUGGUGACAGAUAAUGACAUGAUCUCGAAAUUUUUUGUUGCAGACAAAACGGAAGCUGAAUUUGUUGCGUACUUUUCAACUCGUGAAUAAUCAAUUUAUUACUAACCCAAAGUCAAAACUGUUUGAUGAUAGAGCUUCACCAGAGUUGCAGUGUUUACCGACUCGAAGUUACCAUUCGAAAAUCUCAAUGCAAGGCUUAAAAAUCUCUAAACUCGUGGUGUACGAUAUUAAUCCCAUUAUUUUCAAGUUGGGACAAACUUAUGUCGCAUGGGUUGUUUUGUCGCAAAAAAUACAGGUUGCGACAUUGUCAUUAUUGUUGCGCGAUGGUUGAAUUUUGAUUCACUGCUUCGUACCGUUGAAGGUAUGCAGCAAUAUCGUCAUUCGUCACAUUUUCGGAGAGGUCGUGUAUCUUUAACUCUGUGCGUUGAACAUCCAUUGCCAGACAGACUUUGUAAUGUAUGUAGUAAGCUACGACUCUGUAUCAGGAUUCGAAGUAGGUCAUGCUAGGAUACGAGACAAUAAAUGAUCAUUCUGUAUAAAACUAUCACCAAGAUAAGUCGUCUUAUUUGAAGUUCUACAUUGGCGACGAGGUAAAACCGUAUUGAAAGAUUUGUCGAGUUCGCGCUCGGAGAAAAGAAGGAACGAUAGCGGUUGUGAAGUUUAGUGAAGUCAAGUAGAAGUGUGCCGAAUCCAAGUGCGGAGUAAAAGAAGUCGGAAGAAACCGGAACCGGAAAAGCCAGCUGUACAAGUGCAGUCCGUCCUGGUCAAGGUCAAGUCAAGAUCCAAGUCCGAGUCUGGUUCGAUCGUCGUUGAAUUCGUUACGGAAUCCAAGUUUCUGGAGGUUGCUACCGUCUGGUUUCAUCAUGUCCAUGCUUAAUUGCAACAUACUGCCAUUCCAUGAGACCGGCGAUGGCCCAACAUCUUCGCGAUGGGAAGAAUGGAAAGGACAAUUUUUGGCGUACCUGGCGUUGAAAGGUGUUACUGAUCACGAAGAAUUAUACAACGCUCUUAUGUGCUUCGGUGGACCGGACGUCAGGAAAAUUGCGAAAAAUGUGGAGAUCACCGGUAAUAUCCUGGACAACCGUUACAGAGCAGCGAUGGAGGCCUUGGAUAAUUACUUUUCUCCACGAAUGUCACUACGAUACGAGCGGUACAAGUUCAGGCAACUCAAGUUUAAUCCCAAGGAGAAAUUGGACCAGUUCGUUCUACGUCUCAAAACCCAAGCAGCGGCAUGCAAUUUCGAAGAUCAACUCGAUCAAAUGGUCAUGGAUCAAAUCGUUUAUGCAACUCAAAACGACGAUAAAUUGAGGGCCAAAUAUCUGGAAGCUGAUGUAACUCUGGACGAAAUGCUGAAGAUUGGGCGUACUCAUGAGACCGUGGCCACCCAGGUACAAGAAUUUCGAUCCAAACCAACGUAUGAUGGUAUUGACGUCCAAGAACUGCAAGCGGUGUCUCAUUCAGGCAAUACUCUAAAGGAUAAAGGUACGUGCACUAAAUGCUCAGGAAAACACCCUACUGGCGAUCAAAAAUGUCCUGCUCGGGAAUCGAGGUGCAACAACUGUGGAAAAAUGGGACAUUUUGCACGUUGCUGUUGGAAACCGCGCCAAACCUUUCACCCUUACGGACAGCAAGACAAACGGGCUGUUUCGGAAGGCAGCACUUUUUUUGUACCAGUAAAAUCACAAAUACGAAACGAUCCAUAA